ACCCCCAAAACUCUCGAGUGCCCUUCUUCCUCAAACCUUUUUUGACGACCGCUUCGAACCAGACGUCAAACUCACUCUUUUUGAGUUCAAAGUUCACUUCUUUCACCUUCCUUCUAUGCUACAAUGGCGAAUCUCAUCCAUAAACUCUUCAAAACCAGAUCCACUCAAGGACUCAUCCUCUCUUUCAAUGCCCCACAACUUCAAAACCCACUCCCGAAACUCACUCCUUCACUUAUUCCCAAUCAACUCCAUGAUUUUGCAUCAACCAAACCUGAUUUCCUCAACCACCCAAGUUUUUUCCUCGAUCCAAAAUCCCCAAAAGAUGGCAACUUUACUGAACCUUCGAAGUUUUACCCCAAUUUCCCUUUUGGGUAUUUGUUAAACCCCAUUAGCUUAUCUGGGUUUGAUUCAUUAAUGGCAAUGGAAGUGGAAGAAGGGACAACGGAGACUGAAAUUUGGGCUGAUAGUGUGAAGAAGAAGAGGAAGAAGAAGAUGAAUAAGCAUAAGUACAAGAAGCUAAGGAAGCGUCUGAGAAGAAAGACAUAGGCUUUUUUUCCUAUGCAAAAAUUUCAUGGGGAAGUUGUAUUAUUUCCUUUGAUUUUUUUCAUAUAUUCAAAGAUUUUGGAAUUAAUGGAUGUUGGAUUAAAUUUUUAUUAGAUUUUAGUGAACAAAACUUGAAUGUGAUGAAUGGAAUGGAUUGACAAUAAACUAGCUGAAUUGAAUCUUGAAAAUCAACAAGAGCUUUGCUUA